UGUCGCGACAAAGUGCUCUGUCCCGUUUUCACCGGGACCCGUGUUGGUGUCGAGCCGAGCUGUUGCGGUGCUGGGAGUGUCGCACGUAAGCGAGGAUAGUUUGCCCUGGAUUUUUCAUUAUCAUUUGACAGAUAAGGCUCCCGGACCACCACCUCCUCUCCUCACCUCCGCGUUUUUUCUUCCUUUCAUACCUCUGUGAUGUGCCGCGGUCCGCACGCGGGUAGAGGCUCGCGAUCACCGCGAGAGGACUGAAACCAGCACGCCUCCCUUUUAAUUUUCCCUCAAUAUUUUUCCUCCUAGGUGGAGGAUUGGGGAGGAGGGUGGGGGGGACUAAUUUCAUUUUUACCCCCUUUUUCAACGAACACCUGGACUGAGUGAUGUUUUUGGGGUUUUUCUUUUUUCUCGUUUUUUGAAGCCCCCGACGAGGCCGGGCUGUGUACAGAUAAGCAGUGGGGAUGACUUUAGAGUCGAUGAUGGCCUGUUGCCUGAGCGAAGAGGCCAAGGAGUCGAAACGAAUCAACGCCGAGAUCGAUAAGCAGCUCCGUCGGGACAAGCGCGACGCGAGGCGGGAGUUGAAGCUGCUCCUGCUCGGUACGGGUGAGAGUGGCAAGAGUACAUUUAUCAAACAGAUGCGUAUCAUUCACGGAACCGGUUACACGGACGAGGACAAGCGCGGCUUCACCAAGCUGGUUUACCAGAAUAUCUUCACUUCCAUGCAGGCCAUGGUCCGUGCCACAGAGAACCUGAAGAUUGGCUACAAGUAUGAGCAGAACAAGGCAAACGCCAUGCUGGUGAAGGAAGUGGACAUUGAGAAGGUGAUGUCAUUCGACCAUCCCUACAUUAAUGCCGUAAAGAUGCUGUGGUCAGAUCCAGGCAUUCGUGAGGCAUACGACAGGCGCAGGGAGUACCAGCUGUCAGACUCCACAAAAUACUACCUAUCCGAUCUGGAUCGCAUCGCCGACCCCUCCUACCUUCCCACCCAACAGGACGUGCUGAGGGUUCGAAUCCCUACCACAGGGAUCAUUGAAUACCCAUUUGACCUUCAAAGCAUCAUUUUCAGGAUGGUUGAUGUAGGAGGUCAGAGGUCAGAGCGCAGGAAGUGGAUCCACUGCUUUGAGAAUGUGACGUCCAUCAUGUUCCUGGUGGCUCUGAGCGAGUACGAUCAGGUUCUGGUCGAGUCGGACAACGAGAACCGUAUGGAGGAGAGCAAGGCUCUGUUCAGGACGAUAAUCACAUAUCCAUGGUUCCAGAACUCCUCUGUCAUCCUCUUCCUCAACAAGAAAGAUCUGCUAGAGGAAAAAAUCUCCUACUCACACCUGGUCGAUUACUUCCCAGAGUUUGAUGGGCCGCAGAGGGAUGCUCAGGCGGCACGGGAGUUCAUCCUGAAGAUGUUUGUGGAUCUGAAUCCAGACAGCGACAAGAUCAUCUACUCCCAUUUCACCUGCGCGACCGACACCGAGAACAUCCGCUUUGUGUUUGCGGCGGUGAAGGACACCAUCCUUCAGCUGAACCUAAAAGAAUACAACCUGGUGUGAGAUGUGCAACGGUCAGACGCGAUCACAUGAUCGGCACAGAACAGGCACCUACAGAGCGUGUGCACACCUACGUCCA